GUAAAAUACUCGUAAAAUGUUUAGUAUUCUGUUAAUGAUUAUGGAGCGAUAGAAAUGUUUCAGUUAUUGCACUCGACGCUCAUAUUUAUUUUCUUCUUGGACUUUUGCAACACCAAAAGCAUAUUCGACUUCGACGCAGAUGACAUACUGAAAUCAAUGAUCGGCGAAAUUUCUCGACUGCCACAUAGAAUCGCAUUUCCAGAUAUCAAAGGCUUGUUAUACCCAAAGAAAGAUAAAAAAACACCAAAAUAUGUUAUGAAGACCAAUCCAACGACUACAAAAAUGAUUGUACAAGCAACUGUGCACCCUUCGCCGCGAAAGGUGCCAGAAAUAACAAUAAGGGACAUAAACAUUAGAAAAAUGAAUAUGAAUUUAGCUCGAUUGUUCAGCAAACAUACUUCGUUACCAGACUUCGCGAACGGAGCCGACGAUCCAUCACACGAGACGCGUAGAUUCGAUGCCAUUCGAGCAAAAAUGGAAACUUACGAACCAACCGAUUUUUUGCGUCAAGAAUACUUUUACAACGAGAACGGAACGAAGAUUCUAAUGGAGAAAAACAAAACUAUAGAGUUAAUGGCACAUUAUGUUUACGAGACGAGGUACAAGCUUCCCUACUCCCAGCUCAUGAGGGAGAAAUACAAAGAUGAUGUGAGGUACAAACUCGGGUACUGUUUCUCUUUACUUCGGCAGUUGAAGCAGCAGCAACGGCUAAUUUAUUCGACGUUGAUGAACCAUUAUUUGAAGACCGUGACCUUGCACUUCCACAUGAAGAUGUAUGAGAAGGUGGUGCGGCUGGAUGUCGAUGUACGCGAUCUGAUACAGUAUAUAAAAGAUCUUGAAAGACAUAGAAGACUUAUGGUCGAUCCGACUUAUUAUGACGAUAACAAAUAAUUAACUGAUUUUUA